CAGUAAAUGUUAAUCCUUCGGUGUAGUCAUAUAGAAAUACAGAAUUAUCCAGUAUAAUUUUUAUUGAUCCCGUUAUAAAGUGAUGAAUUUUUCGGAAAAUUUGUAAUUCAAUUCGUGUGUUCCGAAAAGUUUUCCAACGUAAAAGUGUAACACUUUAAGUUUAAAAAAGUAAUUUAUAGUAAAGUACAAUGAGUGAUCAGCAAACACGUGAACAACCACGUGGAGUGGAUGCUUUGAAAGAGCACAUCAUCCUUAACAAGAUCGACACAGCACUAUGGGCAUCCCGAGUAUUAACCAUUAUCUUUGCCUUGGGAUAUGUGAUUCCUAUAUUUGGCAAUCCCACCAACGCAUACUACAAAGUAUUAAUGGCUAAUGCCGCCACAAGUGCCCUUCGUUUGCAUCAGCGUAUGCCAGCGUUUCAGUUUUCCAGGGCUUACCUGCAACAGUUGCUGCUGGAAGAUUCCUGCCACUAUUUACUGUAUUCACUCAUUUUCCUGUAUGCCUAUCCAGUGUUGCUCAUCAUAUUCCCGGUGACCCUGUUUGCAGUUUUGCAUUCCGCUAGCUAUUCGCUGACGCUGCUGGAUACUUUGGGACAAAACUCAUGGUGGGGCGCCCGGCUGCUUAUCUCGCUGGUCGAAUUCCAAACCCGUAACAUUCUUCGGUUGGCAGCAUUUGCUGAAAUCUUCAUUAUGCCACUGGCAGUCGUAUUAGUAUUUUUAGGAAAAGCCGGUAUUAUGACACCACUUGUAUAUUAUCAGUUUCUUGUGCUGCGGUACUCGUCCCGUCGCAAUCCCUACACUCGAAACGUUUUCUACGAACUACGUUUGGUUACGGAAAACUUUGCCAAUGGUGCUCGCACGCCACCGGUCAUUCGUAAGGUGCUUCAGAGCAGUGUUAGCAUCGUUAGCCGAUUAGCACCUCCGAUGCAGCAGCAGCAGCAGCAACAACAAUAGAUGCAAUAGUGGCGGACUUGCAAAGGACAAGUAAUUCAAAUUCAUCGUUUCAACCUAACGGCAACCACUACCACCACCACCAUCAUCAUCAUCGCACGUUCAUGUAAAACAUAUGGCAAUUUCCACCAAGCAUUUGAAGGGGCAGUAUAUGUUUUUGUUAGUUGGUGAAUUGCACCUUGUGGGAGUGUGCUAUUUUUUCAUACUUAUUUCAAUCAUUUAUAAUAGGAUAUGGGGUGUAACGUAUAAGUUGUUCUGUUAACAGUUUUAAAUGAUAGCUUAUACAAACAUAGGAACAAUUUACAAAUAACGCAUAAAGAUAGCAAAAAGAGGAUAUUAGUUUUCCGAUUCUUUGAUUCAUUUACGAUUUACCUUAAGCUGUGCAACACUAUUGACGACCACUAACAUAAAAGAACAUUUGAACACUUGUAUCAAGAGGAGGUUAACUUUACUGAUGUGUUGUAUUUGUUUUCUGUUAUGUGGAGAGCAGUUUGGUUAUAGUGCAACUGAACACAAUAGUUUUACAACGACAAAAGUUCAUGCAAGGUAACGUAGAUUGAUGGGUAAUAAAUGUUUCUAUUUAGGAUAAAAGAGUGACACAUUUCCUACAA